AUGGUUGAACCGCCGAAGAAGAAGCGGAAGCUCCCCUCGCUUGACGACUCCUUCGACGCUCCUCCCCGCCGCUCCGACUCGCCAGACUUGCAUCAAGGUCGGAAACGUACGACGCCGCAUGUUGAGGGACAGUGGGCGGCGCAUGUGUAUCUUGAUCUUGAACCGUCGGCGGGAUUACGACGAGUGCUCAAGAAGGCGCGCGACGCAUGCACAGAGGCUUGUUCGCCAGAAGUCACCAUCCACUCCCUCCUCGAUCCGCCGCCCAACAGUUCUCUUCCUUCGACACCAUCGGCAACGUCGACAAGCGACUCGUCGACCACUCUCGCGCAGACAUCGGAGAACGCUCUGCAUCUUUCUCUCUCUCGACCGCUCAUUUUGCAGACGAACCAGCGCGCCGACUUGCGGGCGGGAGUUGCAAAAGUUGCGGGACAAGUAGCUGGCUUCGCCGCGCGGUACGCCUCGUUCGCCGUGCUCGAGAACGACGAGAAGACGCGACGGUUUCUCGGCAUCGAGAUAGGCCAAGGCUACGACGAGAUGCUUGCGCUCGUCCGCAAAGUCGACGACAUGCUUGCGGCGCACCGCCUGCCAACGUACUACGCCAAACCUCGCUUUCACACCUCGCUCGCUUGGUCGACCACGACCACCUCCACAGCCGAAGACCUAUCGUACCUUCCCUUCAGCGACGCGGUUCUGGCGGAUCUCGAAGCGGUGCUGGGCAAGCAGUUGCGACGGGAGGGAGAAGUCUGGGCGGGCGAGUUGUGCGUCAAGAUUGGCAAGGACGUCUCGCGGUAUAGAUUGACUGGGUAG